CAGACACGCCAACGCUGUUUCAUCUUCUCCGGAUACUCACCAUGGAUAUCCCCAUUCAGUACCCCUGGUACCGCCGGGCCUUCCCAUACCGACGUACUGACCUGUCCUUUGUCGAGUCUCUCACCGACUGGCCUCUCAUCUGGCCUUUCCCCUGGUCCUUUGCUUGGAUGCGCCCCAGUUUCAUGCGCUGGUUAAACUGGCCAGAAAAUGGACACAGUGAGAUGUCCGUGGAAAAGGAUCGCUAUGUGAUUUAUCUGGAUGUGAAGCAUUUCUCACCGGAGGAGCUCAACGUCAACGUCGGUGACGAGUUCAUCACAAUACAUGCCAAGCAUGACGAAAGACAGGACGACCACGGCUAUGUGUCCAGGGAGUUUGUGCGAAAAUACAGGCUGCCCACCGGGGUGUCGUGCGCUGAUAUCACCUCCAGCUUGUCGUUCGACGGCGUGCUGACAAUCACUGCACCCAGGUCUUCACCCGGUCCCGAGCGUAACAUCCCAAUAUCCUGUGACGAUGGAACACCCAAGCAGAAAAUGUAGAGCAGAGUCAGGGAGGCCUCUGAUGCAGUUUCACUACUAAUAUUCACGACUAAAUUCUGCAUGUGUUUGUAUUUAACCUGUGUUGUGAGCAGUUGAGUGCGUGUAUAGAUGGGCCAGCCAUGUCUAGAGUCCUGCAAAGAGCCUUCUAAUAAACCAGUAUCUAACUUACUACUAUUGUCAUACCUGCAAGACAAUUGUGCUUUAAACCACUGAUUGACACCUAAAGCCAGGAGUUAGGUUAGAGGACAAUUUCCGAACAGAAAUUAUGAACAAACCAAAUAUCCUGUCCACCUUGAAUGUAAAAGUGCUCUUAUUUUCAAUUUGACUUCAAAUUUAAAACUGUAACUUACGUAGGGAAAAGGUUUCUACGCCAAAAGUGAUUGCAGCAGUGCCUGAAUGAGUGAGAGUCUGUUCCUUUUUGUAUGUGUUGAAUUUGGGACCAGGUAUGUGCUCUACAGAGAGGGAGGGGGAAAAAUGGGUUAAGGAAUGUUGGAUGACGGAAGAACUACUGUAAUCCUUUUCCACAGGGAGGCAGGGCCUUAGAGUGUUAGGGAUACCCUGUAUUUAUGUAUGUGUAUGAUGUUGAGUG